CUCAAGUCCUCCCUUUCGAGAUCUGCAACCUAGGCGCACAAUCCCACGUCAAAGUCUCUUUUGACAUGGCAGAAUACACAACCGACAUCAAUGGGCUCAGUACUCUCCACCUCUUCGACGCAAUUUGUACGGCAGGGCUCGAGAAACACGCCAGGUUCUACCAAGCGUCCCCUUCAAAGUUCUAUAGAGAGGGUAGUCGUGACGCCCCAGGGCGAGACCACCCCGUUCUAUUCUCGCAGCUUGCACGGCAUCGCUAAGCGUUAUGCAUAUUGGAUCAUGGUAAACUACCGUGAGGCAUACGGCAUGUAUGAGUGUACCAGGAUCUUGUUCGACCAUGAGAGUCCAAGGCGAGGGAGGACAUUGUUACUAGGAAGAUCUACAUCAGCGCUGGCAAACAGUGCUGUUUGUACCCCAGUAACAUAGGUGCGCAGCGAGACUGGGAACAUGGUACAAGCGUGUCUUUCAUUCUCUUCAGCUAACCAAGAUGUGGACUACGUCAAGGGCAUGUGACACAUGUUCCAACAACCCGCCCCUGUCCUCGUGACGGGAGAGGCUUAUCCUGUGAGAGAAUGUGUCGAAAAGGCCUUUGCAAUGACGAUAAGUGCAUAGUAUCACCUUUUUCAAAUUUGAGUGCCCGGAAGGAACC